UGGGCACUCAAUUGCGGCUUCUCAACGGCGAGAGUUUGCAGCUACCCUUGCGUGGCACGGGAGGGGCUCAGGUGCAAAGUGCGAGGCGGGACACACUGUUCCCCUCCGCGGGCAGAGGCUGACCCGGCAGGAGCGAGGGUGGCGGAGCUGGGCGUCUGGCUGUGCGGAAAUGUCCCUCGGGGUGAAGUCGCAGGGCUCGCCUGGCGUCUGAGGAGGCGGAGGUCUCCCUAGUGGGCAAGUUUGUGUCCCUGGUGAACGCGCUCGUCGCGGAGCGCAGGAGAAUUUGGGAGGGCCAAGGGUUCCCCCGGCCUCGCCGUGAGCUGCCAUUCGGGCGGCCUUCCCUCCACCCCGCUCCCCCAACUUCUGCGGAUUUCGGCCUGGAUGAAGUGCGGGGUCCAGUUUUGAAGAAUGAUUCCGGAGGCCGGCCUGGGUGACAGCGUCAUCGCGGCACCUCACUGACCAUGGAUUCGUACCACACACCGCAGUCGGUUCCCAGACGAAGCGCAUCCUCGAGGCUGAAGGAGUACUGCCUGGGCGCCACCCCGCUGCAGAGGCGGCUGGAGUCCGCGCGGAAGCAGGCGUCCCGCGCCCCGGCCUCGCCCCCGCGGAGGGUCCCCCAGCGGCGGUCGCAGUUGCGGGAAGACGUUGAUCCUCAAAAGGUUGCAUUCCUUCUGCAUAAGCAGUGGACUCUAUACAGUUUAACGCCCCUGUAUAAAUUCUCCUACACUAAUCUCAAAGAGUACUCGAAACUCCUGAGCGCAUUUAUUGCUGCUGAAAAGCAGAAAGGACUCGCUGUGGAAGUAGGCGCAGACCUGAACAUCAGAGUGAGUUUCUCUGCGCUCCUGGGAGUGAAGGGCACGCGCAGAGACCCUGACGCAGUCCUCGUCCAGAUUCUGUCAAAAUCUCCAUUGCCAUCUGAGAGCGGAGAAGUCAAGGUGCUGUGGACCGGCUGGUUCUGCUGUGUGUUUGGAGACAGCCUCCUGGAGACCGUUCCGGAAGACUUCACCUGCCUGCCCUUAUUCCUGGCCAGUGGAGCAGAGACCAGCACCGCCCUCGUUGGAACCUGGUUCCAGAAGACUUUUGACUGCUCUUUCAGCCCCUUAGCCAUCAAUGCGUUUAAUCUAUCCUGGAUGGCGGCUAUGUGGACCGCGUGCCAAGUGGACCGCUACGUGGCCACCACGGAAUUCCUCUGGUCCGUACCCUGCAGCCCUCAAAGCCUGGACAUUUCUUACGCCAUACAUCCGGAAGAUGCCAAAGCUCUGUGGGACAGUGUCCACAGAGCCCCUGGGGAAGUCACCCAGGAGGAAGUGGACUUAUUCAUGGACUGCCUUUGCUCACAUUUCCAUAGGCAUUUCAAAAUCCACUUAUCGGCCACACGACUGGUUCGCGUUUCAACAUCUGUAGCUUCAGCCCAUACUGAUGGAAAAAUAAAGAUUCUGUGUCAUAAAUACCUUAUUGGAGUGUUGGCAUAUCUGACAGAACUGGCCAUUUUUCAAAUCGAGUGAGGCCUUGUGGGGACUAUAUGUUAUGGAUGAUGUACCUUCUUGAUCGUUUGCCUAACUGCUGUGCUGAGAGGGACCGCGGGGGGAAACGGGCCCGUCCGCACCUGUGUCCUCACAGCGCCUUUGCAGGUGCCCAGGAGGGAGCCGAGCAGAACACCCCGAAGAACAGGAGGUGGCAGGGGGUGAACCCCAGCCAGCUGCUCCUGCAACAGCCGCGGUGCUCGGGGCGCCGGCCUCCGCAAAAAGGCUGAGUGUGAUUUGUUGGCCGUCUUCCUACGAAAUACGUAAUGUUUAUUCUAUCAGCUUUUAGAGUUCAAAUGAGUUACCUCUGAUAUUCAGUACUUCUGAUUUGUGUCUGUAAAACUUUUAACCCCUUGUAAGCAUUUUAGACUUGCGUUCAGAGAGAAUUUCUGUCUUGCAAAGACAUUCUCCAAGCACCAUUUUGCUGGAGAGAACUCGCAAUCAAAAAAGUCGUCUGCAAAGGAAACUAAAGAUGAGUGUAGGUUUUUAAAGCCACUAAUAUGCCUCUCUUUUUAAUAUUCUGUCCUAAUUGCAACGUUGAAUUAAAUAGUCACUUUUAAACUGAAGCAGUGUGUUCAUGAGUGUCUGGUGGCAGAUCUUUCAUGGAUGUCUCAGGAAUGGGAAGUCUCGGGCCUGAUCUCUAGCAUGCAGGUUACAAGCCAAGAAUUAUGCAGAGUCACACAGUUGUCCCUUUGCAAGGCACUGGGGAACCUCUUUUGAGGGCAGAGACUUUCUUAAAUUUCAUGUCCAUAAUUUUGCUUUAAGCACAGUGCUUAGUAAAUAACUGUAGAUAAAAUGAAUGAAUUUUAACCAACUCUUUCAUUUUAUAGAUGAAAACUACGAAAUCUACCAACUUUAGAGACUUGCCCAAGAGGUUAUAUCUAAAUCUCUUCUUUUUGUCAAUCAUAGCUGAGCAUAGAGGAAGGUUUUGUUUUAUGUUAGAAACCAGGUUUUUAAAAAUCUUGUUUGGAGGAAAGUAACUUUAAUAGGUUAUCAUUCUAAAAACAAAUACUAGCUUCUGGAGUGUGGUAUUAUUUCACGUGUAUUGGGGUGGGCAGAGGCGGGAGAAGAAGCAGGGGCUUUUGAGCCGGACAUUCAUUCAUUCAUUCAUUCAUUGAACUAAUACUAAGCUUCUGCUGGGCACUUAGAGUUGCAUCGGGUAACAGGGCUGCAGCAGGGAAGGCAGAGAGGUCCCUGUCCUGGGGAACGAUACCCUCAUGGAGGAAGGCAAAGGAGAACGGAUUCCCGUGGAGACGAAGGCUGUGAAGAAAAUGAGGCGGUGUGCUAAGAGGUAGGGUGACGGGCGGGCCUGCCGUAGGGACAGGUGUCCAGGAAGGGCCCUCCGAGGGAGUGACGCGCGAGCUGAGUCCUGGGGGAUGAGCGGGAACCAGCCACGGGAAGGUCCGAGGAUGGCCGUGCCGGCCGGUGACACUGCCGGAGGGAAGGCCUCGGGACAGGCGAGGGCUCGGCCUGGUGGAGAGCGAAGGGAGUGCAUGUGGCUGGACACAGCGAGUGCGAGUGGGGCGGUGUGAGACGACGGAGCCGAGGGGGCGGGGGUGCGGCAGAACCUCUUCCGAGCGCGAGUGCGGUGUCUCCCAGCGGCUGGCUGGGCACGUGGCUGCCCAGAGUAGGGAUGACGAUUUCCAGCCUUUCUCACUGGUCUCUGAGUUCUGACCCAGGGCGGGUCAGUGUUGUGUAGAGCUUCCAGGAUUCUUCCUUGAAACACGGGGUGGGGCUUGCCCUUGUCUUCCAGCUUUGCUGCUUGGAACACGCAGGACUGGAACUCCAGCUGUUCUUUUAGGUCGCAGGGGUGAGGGUCAGGUCCUGAGAGUCGGGGGACAGGGCCUGGAAGGGUUUGUGCCCUGAGGGCUUCUUGAAGCUGAACCCCAGUACCAGCCUGGGUGGUCUUCCUCCAGACUUAGGUGUCAGAGAAGUAAACUUCCCCCGGGUUUCAGCCAUUGAUGUUUUGGAUCUCUUGCCCAUAAUAACCAGACGGAGUCCUGACACAGAGAAGCAAGAGCCACGUCAUCUAAGUUUUUACAGGUCCUGUGAAGAGAUGGGGUUUUAUACCAAAUGCAAUGGGAAGCCACUGAAGUUUUAAGCAGGAGAGUAAUGUGACCCACUUGUGUUUUAUAAGGUGUAGAAUGAAAUGUAGGUGAACGAGAGUGCGAGAGGGAAAAUAGUGACAAGGUUGUUAGAAAUGGUACAACAUCUAUUGAGAACUUAGCGAUUGUCAAAAUUAUGUGUGGUUUACCCUUGGGCCACCUUCGCCGCUUCUGGGACUCUGUCCUCAAAAUUGACUGGAGAAAUACAAAAUGGAGCCUGCACAAGACUGUGUAUUACAACAAUAAGGCUAAAAGCAAUCCAAAUGCCCAUCAGAGGGGGAUUUGUUGAGUCGAUUAUGGCGUAGCUCCCAAUAAAUUACUACUUUGCAACUAUAAAAGGGUUUGAGGAAGGUAUCGAAUACCGCGAUUGCCAGAAUCCAUUAUGUGGAAGCAAACUGUGGGCAGAGUGUGCAGGAUGGAAGGAAUGGAGGAAUAUAUUGUGUGUUUCCUUAUAUUUUUUUAAAAAAAGGGCCCUGGCAGGCGUAGCUCAGUGGAUUGAGCGCAGGCUUCAAACCAAAGCAUCGCAGGUUCAAAUCCCAGUCAGGGCACAUGCC